UUACAGUUUGAACUACAUAUUGAAAAUGAGCGGCAGAGGUAAAACCGGCGGUAAAGCUCGUGCAAAGGCUAAAACUCGUUCAUCCAGGGCAGGACUGCAGUUCCCCGUCGGUCGUGUACACAGACUGCUCCGCAAAGGAAACUACGCAGAGCGCGUUGGUGCCGGUGCUCCUGUUUAUCUGGCCGCUGUGCUCGAGUAUCUCACCGCUGAAAUCCUGGAGUUGGCCGGAAACGCCGCUCGGGACAACAAGAAGACUCGUAUCAUUCCCCGUCACCUGCAGCUGGCAGUGCGGAACGAUGAAGAGUUGAACAAACUCUUGGGUGGAGUGACCAUCGCUCAGGGUGGUGUGCUGCCCAACAUCCAGGCUGUGCUGCUGCCCAAGAAGACCGAGAAACCCGCCAAGAAAUAAACGGACUAAAGUCUGAUUCACUGAAACACAAAGGCUCUUUUAAGAGCCACACACUUCAACUAUAAGAGAGUGAUGAUAUUUUACAUUAAUAUGA